AUGGAGCCUGAUUACGAGCCUAGGAACUUCGACAUGGGAAGCAUGGUCAGAGAGGAUGAAAGGGGUAUGAAAUGCGUCUCCUGUGGACGAGUCGGAGAGCAAUACUCUGAUUUCUGCACAGUGUACCGAACCAUAACUCUCCGCAACCAGAUCGUCGUAGGCGAGCACAGAUGCGCAUGUUGUUUACGCGUACGCUAUGAACCACACGCCUGCAAAAAGGAGAAAACCAAGUGCUACCUUUGCGACGAGACCGGCCAACACUCAGUGCUGUGUAGCUGGCCGGAAAAAGCGGAAGAAAACAAAAGACGCUACGACGAUGCAAUUCGAAGGAGGAAAGCCCUUAAGAAAAGGAAGGAUGAGAUCGAGCGCAUCCUAAAACAACUUCAGGACCGUACGCUAUGA